CCCCCCCUCCCGCUUCCACCGGUGUGUCCGACGUGAAGAUGUUCUCCAACUUUCGUGAUCGCAUGCGCCUCAUUCUCGGGAAUGUGAGCGAUCUCGAGGUGGUGGUGAUCAAGUGCACCAAGAACGACACUCGCCUUGCCAAAGACCGCCACCAAGUCUCCCUGAUGGCAUACAUCGGCGAGAAGGACAACAAGAUCGAGCCGCUUUUUAACCUCAUCGAUUCGCGCCUGGGCUCCAAGCAAUUCCUCGUCACCCUCAAGGCUGCCAUCCUCAUCCAUGAGCUCAUGUCCGACAAGCAGGAGGUCGUCAUCCGCUACAUCAUGGACCACCCCGCUCUGCUGGACACCUACCGGCCCUGCAACAACUCCCUCUCGCCCUUCGUCCAGGAGUACCUCAACUACAUCCGCCUCCGCGUGGAAAUCUUCAAGGAGUCUCGCUUCGACCAUGUCCGUCGCCCGCUGAAGGAGGCUGGCCGCCUGCUGGCUAAGCUGCGCUUGUCCUCCCUGGUGUCGGACCUGAAGAACAUCAUCGCCCUGAUCGAGGGCGCCAUGAAGGUGAACCCCCGGGUGGACAUCCUCACCACCCCGGUGUCCAUCGAGUUCAUGCACACCCUCCUGCGCGACAUCAUCCGCCUGUAUGGCUCGGCCAAUGAUGGCAUCGUUGACAUCCUCAACGAGUGCAUGGAGAUGAAGUACCCCGAGGCCCAGUCCUCCCUGGACACCUACCAGGCAUUUACCGCCCUCAGUGCCAAGAUGUUUGCCUACCUAGAUCAGUACCGCGCGAUCGAGGGCCACUUCGAGUUCACCCUGCCCACCUUUGUCCAGCCGAUGGAUGACGUGUCGGCCUCGCUGCAGAAGCAUGUGGAGAACUUGAAGAACCCGGAGAAUGCCCCGAAGGGGCCUGACGGCGCGGCGGCCGCCGCUGCCACCCCGGCCGAGACGCCCCAGAGCAUGCCGCGCAACCUGAAUGUCGACGAAACCCUCAUCAUCGAGGAGGACGAGCUGGCCGACACCUGCUUCUGGUCCGAGGAGAAGGGCGGCGCGAACCCGAAUGCCGGCGGUGGCGUCGCCAUGGGUCUGGUCAUCCCUCCCGAGGCCCAGGCCGGCCAGGUUGCCAUGCACCCGCACCCGCCUGGCGGGCAGAUGGGCUACCCGGGCUACCACCAGCCGCAGAUGGCCCAGCACAUGAUGUCGCCGGGUGCCCCGUACGGGCACAUGAGCAUGGGCGGCCAGCCGUACCAGCCGCCCAACCUCAUGCAGCACCCCAACUCCAUGAUGGGCAUCCCGCCCCCGGGGAUGGAUGUUCGCUCCUCGUUCAUUCCCCAGCAGCACUACGCUGGGCACAAUGGCCCGGCUGCGUCGCCCUACUUCCCGGUCCAGGCCCCCGCUGGGAGACCCCUUGGCCCCAACUAAGUCCGGCACUUAGAGGGCCUCUUCUGCCGCCUCCCGCUCACUUUCUCUCUCUUCCCCUUUGAGAGCCCAUGCCACAGGCACGCCCGCCCCUGGGGGGGCGUGUCACGGCCGGUCGCCACCGUGGAGAGUUGGCCUGGAGUGGAGCCUCCUCUCCCCUCUUUCCUCCCGACGGAACAAGGGAAGCGAGGGGCCUACCAUAGCUGUCACGCCGCGCGCGCGCGCGCACGCGUAC